UUUGCUCGCCCCGGGAGUCUCGCCAGUGGUCUCAGCCUCCGAUUGGCAGAUGACUCCCAGUAUAGCCUGCGCAUGUGCAAGCGCAGGUUGAUAGGUGACCGAUACUUCUGUGACCCGCCACAAUCUACUCUAGCCGCUGGACUGAGAUCUAGCGAGGCAAGUCUCAAUACCGCUGGGGAGACCACUAGCCUCUCAGACGAGACACUGUCCGAAAAAACUCAUUCUCUUUUUCCGACGAUCUCUGGAUGUGCAGAUUUAUCGGAAUUAGUCUUAAAUCAAGCCACACAGAACAUUAGCGCCACUAAAGGUUUCUCGAGUGUCCAGGCCACUCAAAAUGUAUCGUUUCCAUAUUGCCACACACCACUGGAAAUAUGUUCUCUUUCGUGCGGGGUUACUUCUCCUCCAUAG